AGCGAGCGGAGGAGGAGCCGGGGGUCCGCCGAAGAUGGGGAACACUACCUCGUGCUGCGUGUCGUCCAGCCCCAAGCUCAGGAGAAAUGCCCACUCGCGGCUGGAGUCCUACCGGCCCGACACGGACCUGAGCCGCGAGGACACGGGCUGCAACCUGCAGCACAUCAGCGACCGGGAGAACAUCGACGAUUUGAACAUGGAAUUCAAUCCUUCAGACCAUCCUCGGGCCAGCACAAUAUUCCUCAGUAAAUCUCAGACGGAUGUGAGAGAAAAACGCAAGAGUCUCUUCAUUAACCAUCAUCCUCCAGGACAAAUAGCAAGGAAAUACAGCUCCUGCUCCACUAUCUUCCUAGACGAUAGCACAGUCAGUCAACCAAACCUCAAGUAUACAAUUAAAUGUGUAGCUCUCGCAAUAUAUUAUCACAUCAAAAACAGGGACCCAGAUGGAAGGAUGCUCUUGGACAUUUUUGAUGAAAACCUUCACCCGCUCUCGAAAUCCGAAGUGCCACCCGACUACGACAAACACAACCCAGAGCAGAAACAGAUUUACCGGUUUGUUCGGACACUGUUCAGUGCUGCCCAGCUGACGGCGGAAUGUGCCAUUGUCACUCUGGUUUACCUCGAAAGACUUCUGACAUACGCGGAGAUAGACAUCUGCCCGGCCAACUGGAAGCGCAUUGUCCUGGGCGCCAUCCUGCUGGCCUCCAAGGUGUGGGACGACCAGGCAGUCUGGAACGUGGACUACUGCCAGAUCCUGAAGGACAUCACGGUGGAGGACAUGAACGAGCUCGAAAGGCAGUUUCUUGAAUUGCUCCAGUUCAACAUCAACGUUCCCUCCAGUGUUUACGCCAAGUAUUAUUUUGACCUCCGUUCUCUGGCCGAAGCAAACAACCUGAGCUUCCCCUUGGAGCCCCUCAGCAGGGAGAGGGCUCACAAGCUGGAGGCCAUCUCCCGGCUGUGCGAGGACAAGUACAAAGACUUGAGAAGACCCACGCGGAAGCGGUCAGCGAGCGCUGACAACCUGACUCUGACCAGGUGGUCCCCGGCCAUCAUCUCUUAACAGUGGACCUCCUUUUGAAGGACUGCUUCCAUCCCUCCUGCUUUCUCUAGUAGUUUGAGAAAAGACAAGACUUGGGGUGGUUUUUUUAGGGUUUUUGUGUUGGGCUUUCGUGUUCCCUGCCCCUUUCCUUUCUUUCUCUGUGUUUCUUUUCAUCCGUAGCGCCCUCAGCCCGAGUCAUCGCCGCCAAAGCGCCAUGGGCGCGCAGCAAGGCCUCCUGGAAGCGAAGUCAGUAUUCUGGAAUUCCGGUCCCCUGCCUUUCCCCAGCGCCCCGGCCGGCCGCAGUUCCUCUGGGCGGGAAGCGCGGACUCCAGCCUGGAGGCGGCGGCCCGGGAAAGCAGAGUAGCAUAGAGGCAGGGGCGUGGCUCGUGGCUCUGCCAGCUCCCACGGUCCGGUCUCGUCGUCGGGGCGCAGGUCCACGGAGAGCCAAGCCGAGUUAGAGUGGAUGUGCAUUAAAGAAACCCAGUGGCCGGGUUUUCGCCUAACCGCGGGAUCAGUCCGUUCUGUGAGACUUCCGGCAUUCCUCCUCGCUGCUUAUUCCGGGCCUGGGGAGUGUUGUGUUCGUCCGUUGGUCGUUGUUUGUUUGUCUUCUUUUUUUAAAUGCUGUUUCGGAUUUGGUCCCACAGAGCAGAGAAUCUAGUUUGUACUCACACGACACAGGUGUCCGAAUAAAUGGUUCUGGCGGCUGCUCUGCGCACUCCCCCGCGAGCUGUCUUCUGCGCUUUCUUCCCGCCCGUGGGGCCCCCUCGGGAGCGAGCGUGCUUUCCUCCCACCAGGGCAGACUUGGCCGGACUCCAGUGCUGAACCCAAAGCCCCCCGCCCCCUUCCUCCUCACCCCGAGACCCCGAGCUCCCACGGGUGCUGUGCCUUCCUGCUGGCGUGCAGCCGUCGGGGUGGCUCCGCCCGGAGGCCGUCCGUCUGUCCAGAGCCGCAAGCGCGCAGGGCCGCAGGGCCGCAGGGCCGGAAGGGCCAGUCGGGCGAGCAGUGCACGCGGCGGAGGAGCCGCUGUUUCGUCCGCCCCGCCCACUUCAUUCCGCUCCACCCCCACGUCCAUUGUUGCAAGCAAUAUUCUCAAUUUUUAUAUGUUUACUCUAAAUCAAAGUUCAGUCUAUUUGUAUAAACAUUUUUUAAAAAUCUAAAAUUAAAAAAAAAAGAUAAAUUAAGAGAAGGAUAGUAAGGGUGGGUGGGUAGUCCCAUGGGAAGAUCAUUGAAGAACGAAAUGUCAAUAUUUACUGAGGUAUUUUUCACAGAAUGAUUGAAUAAAAAAGCAAAACUCAACUUGCAUCUUUCAUUGUGGGUGCUUAGAGAAGUGACACAGAAUUCAAACCGAGGGUCUGCGUCGAGGCUCUUGUAGCGAGUCGUGCACGAAGGUUCACUGUGUAAUGUCACGGCGUGAACUUGAUAGUACGUCCGGGAAUCUGAGUGCUCUGGGGUGUUUGCAUACUUUUCUUGCGUCACUUGACAGGGUUUUAUGUUUUGUUUUGUUUUCAUUUUUAAGUGUGUGAUCUGAAUGGCAGCAGGUCCCCUGUGGGCCCAGAGAGCCUGGGCAUCGUGUAUCAGCAGUGCCCCUCGGUUGCCAGAAAAGCUUACAACUGACCCCAGAACUAUGCCUUCCUCUCAAUGAAACAUGCCUUGGGAAUGGAAGGGACUCAGAUAAAAUACCUGUAACGCCAAGCCAACACUUUCAGUCAGUUUUAGAUGAAAUUUGUCAUGUGUCGUGUACACUUCUCGAUUUGGGUUAGGAACAUCCCAUCCUUUCUAGCCUAACAUUUGAAAAACCAACAAGCGAACUAUAAAAAGAGAAUGACCUUUCCCUUGUAGUUGCGUGUCUAUACUCUGGUGUGAGUACCAAGAAUUUCUCCCAAGUAAGAGGUGGAUUUAGAACUUUGAACUAGAGCUCUAAAUGCAAGAAAGUACCUUUAGACUCCCGAUUCUAGAUAGCUCAAGAAGGGGCAUAUUUUCUUAGCAGAAUAUGACUUCCCUCUCCAGCAUAAAUCGGUUUUCCUUAUUCUGUUAAGUGUCUGAUUUUACCGAUCCAUUUCAGGAAAGAGGCCCUGCUGCCUUUAAAGCAGAAAUCUUAUUUUUUUAGCCCUUUCAUUUGAGUGAGAGAUUUGAAAAUUGAAUUAUGUAAAUAAUUUCAAUGCAUCUGCUAUUCUUCUGUGGAGUUUAUUAAACUACUUAAAAUUGUACAGUCUAUUUAUUGUAUGUAUGUACAUACAGUCUGAUACUUAAAAUUUAAAGUGGGUUCCGUAAAACCUGGCUCAGUCUUGUUUAAGCAAUUGAAUAUUGUUUUAGCCUUGUGCCCUGGACUCUACCUCUGUAUAGGAAAAUUUUCCAUAUUCAUUGAUUAGUAUUGAUUCUGUAUUAACUUGGUUAUGUUUCCUGCACUAAGGAUUUUUGAAACUCUGCUGUAAGUGUAGAUUUCCAUUUUUCUUUUGCAGUGUGAAUCACUUGACAUUUCGGAAGAGAACAUCAGUCCCAUUUUAUUUCUUUUCCUACAUGAUGGUGAUUUCCAUUUUCUCUGGUUAAGUCUGUUUGCCCAAGAAAAAAAAAAGGACAGUACCUAUUGAUCAAUCAUAGUGACUAUAAUUUGUUUGCAAGAUUAUUUAAUACCCUACAAUUAAAGCCGGACUACUACUUGGGAA